CCGUUCUCCAAUCCAGGAAAUACAGUGCUUGAAAUGGCACCGAAGACUCGCGCUCGUCGCGCUGUUGCACCCCUUUCCUCCGACCACGAGUCACCACCCGAACCCGAACCAGAGCCAACGAAAAACACGCGUAAACGCAAGAGAAAGUCUCAAGUAUAUGUCCUUAUUGACAAGACGCCGCGGAAUCGCGAUACGGGGCAGUCUGCCAAACGUACGGAGGGAGUAGGCGCAGGGGAGCAGGACGAAGAGGACGAGGAUCCUACGCCGAAGAAGAAGAAGCCUAAGAAGGACGUAGUGGUGGAGCUGCCUCCGAUCAGGAAGGGAAGGUUCAAGCCAGGGCCAAAGUUGAAGACGAGUGCUGUGGCCGAGACGAAACCGAGACGGAGGGGCAGGCCCCCCGCGAAGGCGAAGGAUACAGGGAAGGAUGAAGUGAAGGCCAAAGCGAAGCCCGAACCAGAGGCUGGCGAAGGUGAGGAGCAGUCACACGAUGGUUCCCUUACUCCUCAGCGCGACGCAACACCGACUCGCACCACGGCAAUAGAGCCUGAGGCGCUCCGAACCCCAGCGCCCCGUCCCGUUCACCCGCUCGUACUUUCAACCGUCAACCGUGCCCUGCGUGCACCACCCAUCUAUCUCGACGCCCCCAGUCCGACCCCACACGAACACCAUCACCAUGAACACCCUCGGCACCGUCAUGCUUCCUCCCAGCGGCAACCCUCUACUUCCCGUGCUCCUCGCUCUGCUGCCGCCCCCGCUCCAGCUCACGUCGCUGCAUCGAACAAUCAUCAUGCAGGCCCUCUCCAACUUCCCCCGCAACCACCUCCAGCUCCAGUCGCAGCUACGACCAUUCCCACAGGGCUUCAAACACCAUCAUCUGAUUCCUACGAAGCGCAUAUUCGUGCCACCAAUACAGAAGCCGAACUGGAGCCUCGUCCUGGUCGUCAUUACCCGACCGACCGUUCUCCGCAUGAUGGAGCAGGUAUCGACCCUCCCACUGCUCUUUUCGACGGUAGUGGCUCCGAGGAGAACGAUGAGGUUAGGGAGACGUCUCUCCCUCCCAGCUCACCAACAUAUUCGGACGACGAAAGCACGCCUAGUCCAAAGCCUAUCGAGAAGAGGAAUAGGAUGUACGAUGACAGCGAGCUCGAUAGAGCUGUUGCGGACGGAUUGGGAUUUUCGGGAGAUGAAGACGAAGAAGAGUUGGAGGUCGCUCGCGGCCGUGGCGAGGAAGCAGACGAUGAGCUCGAGUAUGUGCCGCAGGAGAGACCAACAGACCAAGAUCCGGGUUCGGAGGUUCCCUCUUCGGACAAGGAUAAUCAGUUCGCUUUCGUCCGGGAGAACUUGUACUCACCCGGUAUAGCUUCCAAGUCUCACGGCCAGGAGGACGACAAAGGCCAGUCUGGUCACAUCCCUCGGUCUCAUCGUCAUCAUUAUAUGGAGGUGGAACUGGACGAGAACGGAGAGCCCGUCACUAUCAUGAGGUCGUCUUCGCCUACAAGCAUCCCUUGGGAGUCAGACGUCGAUAUCGGGGCACAGGCCCCGGCUCGAGACAAAGGCAAGGGUAAAGCGAAAGCCCCAUCCAGAGAGCCCUCUGAGCCUCUCGAAUUCGAAUUCUCUGACGACGAGAACGAGAACUUCGAUCUCGACAUUGGACCCCAGCCGGACGAUCCCUACGCCGUGCCAUUCCCCUCCGAUGAUCUUGACGAGCAGAACUCAGAAGUACCAUCGCCUUUCCACAGUUCACAGGUCUCUCACAACUCUGACAAGGAGAACGAGAAUGCGAACGCCUUCGAUCCCUCUGGCUACCCUCUUAACCAUCCUGACCCUCCGCCGUUUCGCACGCCCACUCAUGAUCGUACCGCCCCCACAGGUGAAGGGGUUGAAACGCGUACGCCAACUCAACAGGACCUCAAUUUCCGCACGCCCACACAUAAUCGCCGUGGAGGUGCCCAUCGGGGUGUAUUGAGGCCAAGGAUCCCGAGCCACCCACCUAGUGCGACGGACCCGAGAAAGGCUGAGGCGCCGCGGUAUGUCGGGUUUGAUAAAGGGAAGGAGUACAUCGAGGAUUAUGGCAACUUCGAUAACGUUGAUCCGGGCGAUGUUGGCGAGCAGAUCCCUACGGAAGUCGAGGAUGAACUUCCAAUGGCCGACGAGGCACUUCCCAAGACACCACCAGCGAAGCCAAGGCAGACCCAUCCUGGCACUCAUGCUCGUCCCCAUCCUCAGACGGAGCAUCAUUCCCAUCGCCAUCAUCCUGCCCAACAACCGCCCGCACACAGCUCCCCAGCCGUAACGAUCAACCGCUCACACAACCAUGAACGCGAAGUUCAGCUCGACCCGCGACGCCCUCGCUACACCGCCCUCGACCGUGACGCUGGCCUUUCCCGUCGCCGGCACGGCCAUCGCUCGCGAGGCCAUCACCGCGAAACUACUCCCACUCAAGACGAUCCGUUCGGCUUCUUCGCAGCUGAAGCUCGGUUGAAGAAGAAAAGACGAGCGGGAUCCGCUGCGACUUCGCGCUCAGCCGCCGUCGCUGGACCUGUACCACGCGUCCCUACACCUCCAGCUGCGCCGGUCCAGACGCGUCAGCCGUUUGGGAACAUCGAGGUUGAGCGGAGCGACUCGUUGCCUGUUGCGUCUGGUGUGCCCGUGGUGGAGAGUGAAGGUCUACCUGCAUGGCCUGGUGGGUACGAAGACAGCGACGAUGAUCUGUAUGGUGAUGCGCAGCCGGCUGUUGAUCUUCCAAACAUGGAUGAAGAUCUGUUGAAGAUGCCUAACAAGCAACCUCGGGAGGACGACGAGGAGAAAGUCGAGCUAGGCGGUGACGAGAACCAAUUCAUACCCGAGGACGUCGAAUCCGCUGGGCCUCGCACGCCUCAUCGUCGGUCUCGCCAAGGACGAGGCAGCGUCUCUCCAUCUCGCCAUCGCAUCGCCGUGCCCGUUACUCCAUCUCGCCCCGAUAGUCAAAGUCAACCCCAGGUCCCUGGCACCAUCGCCCUCCUUGGCUCGACUCGUACUAUAACUAUCCCAUCCACCGUCAUGACACCUCGCAACGUCGAUCGUACAGUCCGUAAACGUCCCGAAACUGAAGUAACUAUGCGGAAGCGUAGACGGCAUACGAACGAAGUCGACAGUUCAGUCAUGGUGGAGUUGAUGAAUGUACAGCCCGACGCCGCGUUUGAAGGGCUAGAAGAGUUGAUCCAGGGAGAUUCGGGAUCAGAUGUUGGCAUUUCCGGUCAUGUUGAGGUAGACCUCUCUGGGGACAGGACACCGAGUGUUGCGGACAGUCCAAGUCCGGUCAAGAGGAGGGUUGAUGAGGAUAUGAUGGAGGACUUGGUUACGGACUUCAAUCCUCUCGAUAUGGAUAUGCCGUCGGAGAGUCCGGUGAGGCAUAAAGGGAAGGGGAAGGCAAUCACUCGGGGGCCGAGCGACGACGAAGAGGAAGAGGAUGACGAGCAGGAGGAGGAGGAACCCCAGGGAAAGCGACGGUCGAGCAGGCUUUCUAAUUCCAAGACAAGGCGCAAUGACGACGACGCACCAGAUGAUAGUGCCAAUGAGGACGAAGAAGACGAAGACAGGCCGAAGCGUAAGGCGUCCCGGAGUAGAGCUCCUACUUCCAAGGCAAGCGCUCGAGGCAGGAGUACCACUAGGGGCAAACCUGUGUCAGGCAGAAGCCGUGGACGAGGCGGAAGGUCGAGGUCCGAGGGGAGUAGGAGCAGGUCUCGGAAGAAGAAGCAGGAUGUUAGUACGGAUGAAGACGUGCGGGAGCAGAGAGAAGAAGCUAAGAGGGCGAGGACUGAGUACUUCAAGAACCUGAAGGAGUACGACCUUCGUACCGAGAACGUCUACGUCGUUUGAUCAGCUAUCGCGGCUUACCUCUCGCUGGCACGAUGGUGUAAAUAAGAACGAACCAGGUGUAUGAACCGAAUCCGCAAUUGGCUUGCGAUCGUUUGAUAUUUUUCAAUCUCUUUCUAUGUCCUCCUAGUGAUUUCUGACUUGAUAUGUACACAUGUGUUAUCCCGAAUAUGCUAGUUCUGCCCUUGGCCAUUGUUGUUAUCCCUCCGCGACCCCCAACUUCCAUUUAACCUCGUUCUUGGCCUGCUGGCUUUGUCUCGAUCUACUUUCUAUACCACUUUCGCGACGCGUUAUACAUCCCGUGUUCGCUGUAACUCGGGUUAUUUCUUGUUUCGUUUGUUGUACUUACCGUCUCGAUUUGUGACUGGCCGUGUCAUUUUCCCGGCCAGAGAAAUAUAUAGUUUUAUGUAUCUGUGAG